AUGUGGAAAUUAUUACGGAUCAAGGACAUCAAAAUCGAUAAAGACGGUAAAGUUAGGAACGUUCAGGUGGAAACUCCCACUGGGAAACUUCUCGAUCGUCCAAUAAAUGUCUUGUAUCCUCUCGAAGUUAAUGAUGAAGAAAUUCAUCUUGAACCUAAUAAGAAAGAAAAUAUGAAAAUUCCGGAAACCGAACAGAACACUGAGGAGCUCCAGGAACCUAUUGCGAUGCGAACUAGGAGCAAUACAAAACGACAAUCUCGAUUAAAGGAGGACCAAACAACUAUCACCGCACCAUCAUCAGAAACCUAUAGAGAUUUACACGAUCAAAAACAGAUCAAUGGAAGUAAACAACCCCUACUUUCUCAUGAACCCCACGCAUUAGCUACCUUUUCUGGUCGGGAGUGUCGUGAAAGACGAAAGAUUUAA